AUGGGCGACUACCCAAAAGCACUUGAAUUUUAUGAAAAAGCACUUAAAAUCGCAGAGAUAGCUCUGCCUCCGAAUCAUCGCAAUCGAGCUAAUUCUUACAACAGCAUAGGUACGGUGUAUUACAACAUGGGAAAAUACUCAAAAGCACUUGAAUGUUACGACACAGUGAAUAAAAUCCUAGAAAUAGCUCUACCUUGCAAUCCUCCUGAUUUGGCUACUUCUUAUGCAUGUACUGGUGUGGUGUAUGAUGAAAUGGGUAACUACACCAAAGCACUUUUAUAUUUGGAAAAAACACUUACUAUCCGACAAAAAUGGCUGCCACCAACACAUCCUUCAAUUCAAGAAACGAUAGAUAUUAUUAACGAUGUGAAAAAGAAGCUGUAG